UCCUCCUUCCUCACUUUCCUCCUGGUCUCCCAGCCGGCGGCGGCAGAGAGGGAUUUUCAACCCGGGCUGCAGAUGCAGGGAACAGGGCUGCAGAUUGAAAGAGACACCGGUAGUCAGUAGGGAAGUUGUGGAAAUAAGUGAUUAUUUUUGGAGAAACGCAUACGAAAGAGUUUUGUUCACGGACGCUCCGGGAAGUGACAUUUUAAUUUCGUGAAAGUUAACUUUUUUCGGUUACAUCCGUGUGGUGGUCAUGGGUUCCCAUCGGGCACUCGCGGGCGGCCGGACAGUGCUGCUUGUGGCGGGGCUGCUCGUGGCUCUGGGGCACCGCUGCGCCGCAAGCUGCCCAGAGAGAGAAUUAGAGGACAGGGAAGAGGAGGCCAACAUAGUUUUGACCGGCACCGUGGACGAAAUAAUAAACAUGGACCCGGUGCACAAUACCUAUUCUUGCAAGGUCAGGGUGUGGCGCUACUUGAAAGGGAAGACCAACAUCAACCGUGAAAUCCUCCUGGACGGCGGCAACAAGUUGAUGAUAGGCGGCUUUGGCAACCCCGGGAUCUGCGACAACCAGGUAGCCACGGGUGACACUCGCAUAUUCUUUCUCAACCCUGCCAAGGAAGACAUGGGACCAGAACACAAGAACGAACUUAUGCUCAACUCAAGUCUGAUGAGGAUUACCCUGCGCAACCUGGAGGACGUGGAACACUGCGUGGAAGACAAACCUCCUCACUUCACACCAGCCCAGCCUCCUGAUGAUUACUGUAAUGCACUUUAUGCCGGCCUAAACCAGACCACGCUGGCACGCCUGCCUUUUAAGAUUAUAUUGUUUGUUUUUAAAUCGCUUAAUGGGCUGGCCCCUCAGUACAUCUCCGACCUCCUACAGGUGUACACCCCCUCAAGGGCUUUGAGGUCGGCUGAUCAGCUGCGGCUGGUAGUCCCAAAAACAAGGAAAAAGACCAGGGGAGACCGAGCCUUCUCAGCGGUAGCCCCCUUAUCUUGA